CUAUUAUUGUUGUUGUUGGGUUUAAAAACUAUGUGUUUAGUUGGGAAUGGAAUUAGAAUGGUUUGAAGUUUUGAGUAGGAAAAUUCAAAUUUGGAGAAAUUUAGGGGACUAAUUUGGUGAAUAUCGAAGUGUUCUCUGACAUUGCUAAACAUAUGGUUAAACGAACUUUAGAUUAUCAGGUGUGACUUCUUCUGGUAAUUAAUUUCUUGUGACGGCCAAUUCUCUGUGAUGUGCUACUAUAUAGUGAUCAAAUAUGCUUCUGUCCAUUAGCUAUCUGGGGAAACUUUUUUAAAUCUCUAAAGCUUCAAGAGAAAGGCUACUUCUUGUAUAAUUAGCAUCAUUCAGAACCCUCUUAACUGUUAGUAAUAUCUGAACGAUGUCUUCUUAGAAUUAGCAUGGCGCAAGGAUGACAUGCACCAAUCGAGAAAUUAGAAGUUAUUUCCUUGAAGUGAUAUUGUUGAGUUGAAAUGCAAAAUAUGGGUUGUACCAUUUGUUUCAGUUGCGUUUUCCCUGCCGUCUGUGCUCUUUCUCCCUUUGUUUCCAGUAUUCCCCUUUUAGGAAUCUCUUUGAGUUGACUUUGUGUGAUUGGCCAUUAAUGUUUGAUUUCUAUAUCGUUAAAUUUACUAAAUCAGCUAACUCUUUGGAUCUGAUUCUUUCUUUCUGUCUGUUGUUUUCAAGCCUGCUGCAUAUCGUGGUUUAGUGGAUCACCUCAACAGAAAUUCAAGCCGUCUAGUGUAUGGAUUGCAUUUACAAACUAGCAAAGAAUGGGCAGCAGUCGAUUUCCAAAGCGCUAUUUAAUAGUAUUUUUAACCUUCAUCUGCACUUCUGUCUGCUACAUAGAGCGGGUGGGCUUCUCUAUUGCGUAUACUGCUGCUGCUGAUGCUGCAGGAGUAAAUCAGACUAGCAAAGGUGUAAUUCUGUCAACCUUUUACUAUGGAUACGCAUGUUCACAAGUACCUGGUGGUUGGGCAGCUCAAAAAAUCGGUGGACGGCGUGUCCUCCUCCUUUCUUUUCUUUUAUGGUCUUUGACAUGUGCUUUUGUACCACUUGACCCAAACCGAACGAUGGUCCUGGUAAUAGCCCGCUUGCUUGUCGGUGUGGCUCAAGGUUUCAUUUUUCCAUCCAUCCACACUGUCCUUGCACAGUGGGUACCACCACAUGAAAGAUCAAGAUCUGUUUCCUUUACGACUUCUGGAAUGUACUUAGGUGCAGCUACAGGAAUGCUUAUGCUUCCUAGUCUGGUGAAGUAUAAGGGUCCUCAAUCUGUGUUUCUUGCUGAAGCGGCUUUAGGUGCAAUGUGGUCUCUACUCUGGUUCAGUUAUGCAGUUGAUCCACCUCGUUCUGAGCAUCCAAAAGCAACUGCGUCGGGCUUCGGGGAAUCCCUACUGCCCAUGAAAGGGAGUUCAAAGAUGAAAGUAGAGAAUGGAGUACAUUCUGCCAAAAAUCCAACUAUCCCAUGGAAACGAAUCGUCAUGAGCUUACCAGUUUGGGCAAUUGUCGUGAAUAACUUCACUUUUCAUUAUGCUCUUUAUGUGCUCAUGAACUGGCUUCCUACGUACUUUGAAUUGGGUCUCGAGAUCAGCCUUCAAGAAAUGGGUUCUUCCAAGAUGAUGCCCUACCUUAACAUGUUUAUAUUCUCAAAUAUUGGUGGAGUGCUUGCAGAUCACUUAGUCACGAGGAGAAUCUUGUCUAUAACUAAAACCAGAAAACUUUUAAACACAGUGGGUUUCAUUGUAGCUUCUCUUGCGUUAAUGGCUCUUCCUUAUUUUAGAACAUCUGGCGGCGCUCUGUUUUGUUCCUCCGUGGCUCUUGGUUUCUUGGCAUUAGGAAGAGCCGGUUUUGCAGUUAAUCACAUGGAUAUAGCUCCAAGGUAUGCUGGAAUUAUUAUGGGAGUUUCAAAUACAGCUGGUACAUUAGCUGGUAUCGUUGGAGUUGAUCUCACUGGUCGACUACUCGAAGCUGCUAAAGACGCCCAGUUGGAUCUUACAAGUCCAGAAAGCUGGACAGCAGUGUUUUCCAUUCCUGGGUUGCUCUGCAUUUUUAGUUCUUUUGUUUUUCUAGCACUGUCAACAGGGGAGAGAAUUUUCGACUGAAGGUUUGUGCAUGUAUAUCAUGGUUUAUCUUGUCUUAUUCUUGGAAGAAGCAGUUCAAGGAGGAAGUAUACAUAGUCUAGGAUUUGCAGUUCAAACUCGAAGGCUGUCGGAAAUAGUAAGUAGCUCUAUUGAGGUUAUUCUUACAUUUUAACCUGAGGUACUAUCUGCAUACAUUUGCAGCUUAAUCGACUCAUUCUUCAAUAUUUUCGAGCUGUAGUUCUUUGCUGAGCUGUUACUACAUAUAUUGAUUAUUUGUGGUAGCAUCUUGAUAAAUGUAAUGCUCAUCCUAUUUUUUGUCAGGCAAUGAGAAUAUCAGAAAGUAUUUGAUGUAU